AUGGUGUUUGAGAGCUUCUCAUUCAGCUUUCCAUGGAACUGGUCAUCAUCCUCCGGGAACCCACACGAAACUAAAAAGCUCAAGAAGAAAGUGUUACGCACCCGUAGCGAACAGAUCGAGCUUAAUGGGAAUGCAGGUCCACAGUACAAAAAUGAUUUUCAUGAUGGUUAUUACCCCGGUCUUGUCAAUAUAUCUGGAACGUACUGCUUCAUGAAUUCAACUAUGCAGGCUAUGGCCUCCUUGUCCUAUCUGCUGCCUUAUCUCUGGCACACGCAAGCCAAGGCCAUUCAACUUGACGUACCAUCACCCGUCGUGGACGCCCUCUUGGCUUUGCUCCAAGACCUCAACACACCUCGCACCGCUUAUCACUCAAUCCGUCCACUCGACAUGAUCACCGCCCUUGUCAAUCACUCCCCAAGCAAACACAACUCCCUAUUUUCCUCUCGAGAACAUCAAGACGCACAGGAAUUAUUCCAGCUCGUUUCCGAAUGUAUCAAGAAGGAAGUGGCCGCCGUUGAUAACGAAGGUCACCGGGACCGUGGUCUAGGUGGACUCUCUCAAGUCCGCAAUGACGCUAAUAAGGAGAUUGGGAAAAGCGUGUUCGAUGGCCUCACAGCGAACAGACGCAGCUGCGUCGAGUGUGGCUACACAGAAGCAGUCAUGCACUUUGCUUUCGACAGCUGGCAACUUGCUGUACCUCGAUACGUCGCAAGCUGUCACUUAGAGGAUUGUCUUGCGGAGUACACCAAGCUUGAGAUGCUGAACGAUUGCAUAUGCCGUAAAUGUUCGAUGAAGGCCACGCACCAGAAGCUCAGGCAAGAGGCAGACCGGUUAGCAGCAGCGGUGAACGCAGACCCUACCGCCUCCAUAUCGAAGAAGAAGAGGGUGAAAGAUGCUAGAAAACUAGAGCUCAGAGUGCAAUCUGCCUUAGAUCAUGGUCGACUAGAGGAGGACGUCAAGGGCGUCAAGCUGGAGAAAGUGUUCAGCAGAGCAUCAACAAAGCAAGCCAUGGUCGCAAGACCACCUCAAGUUCUUGCACUGCACCUCAAUCGAUCUCUCAGCUACGGCCACUAUGCUGCUAAGAACACAGUUCGCAUUCUGUUUCCCGAGGUUCUAGAUCUCACACCAUUUACAACUUCUGGCAACCUUUCCACCAAACCUUCUGUUCCUAUUUCAUCACAACCGCCCCUGCUUCCUCGUUCCACAACUCCUACACCAGCCACAUACGCUGUGCAAAGGACCAUCUACCGUCUUUCUGCGGUUGUGUGUCAUUACGGCCAACAUUCCUUCGGCCACUACGUCUGCUACCGGCGUAAACCACGGCCUGUAUCCUAUGGAUCGCGGCGCUUCGCACCACCAAGACUCGCUGACCCACUUGGCUGCGACUGCGAAAGGUGCCAGCGAUACGGGCCCGUGCGCGACGAUGACGAAGCCGUCGACUCCAUGUACCGCCCUGGCCGGGGAUGGCUACGGAUUAGCGACGACUCAGUGAAGGAAUGCGGAAUAGAGACAGUGAUGCAGGAGGGUUCUGGGGCAUUUAUGCUCUACUACGAGCGCGUGGUACAGUCGCGCCCUGGCAUUUACCCACAUCACAACUCACCACGAAGCUCAGAGGAGACACUCAAGCCGCGCGUGAACGGGUCAGCAACAUCGCUUGCAAGUUUGAUGGUAGAUGGGGAGGUUGUAGAGAGCAGGGGGAGAGGUUUGAUGGGUCCGAGAGUUGUGAGAAGCGUAGUGGCUGGGAGAAGAAGUGUUUCGGCUGCGCGACGGGACCGAGAGUCUCUAUCUGCAUCAACUCCAUCUCUAAUGAACGGAAGCGCUGUCCCUUUAACAGCAAAUAUGUCACAGAUUUCUCUAUCAAGUUCAUCCACCAAGUCGACGUCUUCCUCUCUUUGGGCAUCAGCACCGGACAUCAUGCAUCAACGUGCGUCAUCUUCGUCUUCAUCCCUUACUGCUCGUCCACCAGGAUCUCGCCAUCCCAAAUCCCCUCUGCCUACGCAUCCCUCACCUGUUGUUGACCAGAAAGCAUGA